CACGCGCCCAUUAAUUUAUUACGAGGUUCGAUGAGGGAAAUGAUGAAAAGCAUCUCUCGGUUUAUAUGAAUUGUCAGUUUACGCGUGCGUCUCACACCGAAUAUAAAAUGCGAUACGGCACAAUCUACACGCGAUUGUCCAGGGAACAAUUCGAUAACGUGUCACGUCGAGAUUAGGGGAGCCGUUCGUGUAACCCUUACAAAGUAUGAGCAGAAAAUACUUACUGCCGUGGAGCGCGAGACUGACAGAGUAAUAUCGAAUAGGAUAAAAUAUACGCAUUCCGCAUUUUGUGUUCUAUAUGAUUAGCAAGGAGGAAGCACGCAUGAUUGAAUAAAUGUAGUUACAAACUAAAAGGCAAAUUGUAAUGAAUAAGAUUUAAAAAACGUACAACAUUUUGCGUUUAGUUUGCAUUUAGUCACGAAACUUUAAUGUUAAAGUGACAUGAAGCAGAUAAAAGUAUGCUUAUAACAGAAUAUCAUCUAUACAUGGUAAAAGGAUAUGACUUGUCAUGAUAUCAUCCUUUCGCCUAGUCAAAUGCAAGAUUUGAUAGUACACUUAUAUCACUGUUCUGUAAAUGUAACUUAAACAAUAGGUAAUAACUCGGUAAAGUUAUUAUUGCAACAAACCUGUGGGAAUGGGCAAUUGUUUGUGUAAAAAUUCUCCAGAGCUUGAGACAUAUGGCAGUAAUAAUCAUGGACAAACUCAAAAUACCAUAAUACCAGAACCAAACAUAAGUUUGGUUUCAUCUAGCGAUUCAGCAUCUACUUUUAAGUUUCCUACAUCGGCAAACAUUGACAAACUUGUAUUAGAGACACUUGGAAGUCUUGAUACUCUGGUAGAUAACGAUCAUGAACCACCACCAGCAAUGUUAAAAUUAAAUGCUAUUGCGGACAAGGAAGAUGGUUGGAUACAAGUAGUUAGCUCUAUGGUCAAUGUUAUUCCAAUGCACAAUCCAUUAGGACCUUCUGUUAUAAUAUUACUAUUAGACGAUUGCCCUUUACCUUCAAAGGACUCUGUGCUACGAUUAUCACACAUGUUUCAACUAUUUCAAAGACUUGGACAAAUACAAAUUACAGCAACACAGCAACGCAAUAUAUGUGUCGUACUUGGUUGCAUCGCAGAGAAACUUGCUGGUCCUAGUAGUAUAGCAAUAUUAUCUGAUGCCACUUUAGAUUACCUUGUUUCAAACUUGCGAGAAAAUAUUGAACCUUAUGUGAUGUUAUAUUCUUUAAUAGCACUAGAAAAAUUUGCACAAACAAGUGAAAAUAAGGUAACCAUUAAGAAACGCCUUAUGUCAGAAAAACAAAAUCCAUUAUUAGAAUUGGAGAAAUGGGCCACAGAAACACAUUAUGUACGUCGUCAAGUUGGUUUCUGUGCACAGUGGUGUUUAGAUAACUUAUUCUUGAUGGAAGGUAGAAAAUAUUCUCACGACUUGGUCGAUGUGACGGGUAUUAAUGCAAUGUUAAAUACAAAGGAUGUAAGCGAGUACCUGAAAAUAUCACCCAAUGGUUUGGAGGCACGAUGUGAUGCCUAUUCAUUUGAAAGUGUACGAUGCACAUUUCAAGUAGAUUCAGGCAUAUGGUAUUAUGAGACAUUAAUAAUAACUACAGGAGUGAUGCAAAUCGGAUGGGCUACAAAGGAUAGCACAUUUUUAAAUCAUGAGGGAUAUGGUAUAGGAGAUGAUGAAUUUUCUUUGGCCUACGAUGGCUGUCGCAGACUGAUUUGGUAUAAUGCACGAAGUGAAAAAUUUCAUGACAGACCAUGUUGGAAAUCUGGUGAUAUUUUAGGUUGCUUAUUGGAUUUAAAUAAACUAGAGAUAAUAUUUUCAAUCAAUGGUAUACCUCUUAAACCAUGCAUUCAAGUAUUUAAAACAGUAAGGUCUGGAUUUUUUGCAGCAGCUAGUUUUAUGUCAUUCCAACAAUGCCUAUUUAACUUUGGAAAUGCACCUUUUAAAUAUCCGCCUACAGAUCGAGAAUUUCAGAAAUUUAACGAUUAUGCUACAUUGAAACCAGAAGAUAAAAUCAUACUUCCCAGACACAUAUAUUUAGACCAAUUGAGAAGACUUAGUGUUAGGGAAGAUUCCUGUACAUUAUGUUUUGACCAGAGGGCAUCAGUAAGGUUACUGCCAUGUAACCAUAGAGGAUUUUGCCAAAGGUGUUCGAAACAGUUGAUUGAGUGCCCAAUGUGUAGAGCUACUAUUGAAGAAGUAGUCUCAGAUAACAUAUGACAUCAAUCAUAUCAUAUCAAUAUUUUCUUUCAUUACUUCUCUUAUAUCAUGCAAUUUUCAUGGCAUUGUCUCGAAAUAAUAAUUAUACUAAACAAUUUGUGCUACAUAUUGCAUACAGUUAUCACGUGUCAUAUAAUAUUUUUCUUGCAAUACAAUGCAUUAAUAAAUAAAAAGGAUUACAAAUUAAUUGUAGAUGAAGGAAUUCUAUGAUGAUAUAUUACAAAAAAGAUUUGAACAAGUUUUUAUUCUAAAAGUCAAAAGACUCUAAGCAUAAACAAAUAUUUUACUGAAACAAAACAUUCUCUUUGAAACACUUUUCCAUACUUCUCCAUACUUUUUCUACUAUAUAGAUUUAUAGAAAAGUAUUGUUUUAAAUAUGAUUAUCUUCAAGAUAUUAAAAUAAUGUAUAUAAUUGAAUAUACAUUAUAUAAAUAUGACUAAUGAAGAGAGAAGCAAAUAAAUGAAAGAAAACAAUUAGAAAUGAAUAAAAGAAGAGCAUAAAUCAGAGAGAACAGGAGAGCCAAUCCUCCUAACUUUAUUUAACAAAAGUUUUGCUUCUAGGCACUUUCAAAUUAUUUUUAAUAAUUUGAAAGCCUAUAUUUUAAUAAUGACUGAAUUAUUCAAUUUUUUUUUAAAGAGAUUAUUUGUGUUCACUCUUUUUUUCUCUAAUUUAAUAAUUUUUUCUAUAUCUUAGAAUUAUAUGCAAAAAGUUCAGAUUAUUUGCAAACUAUUUAAAUUCCUAUUUUAUAAGUUAUGCAUAAAUAAACAUAACUAUAGCGAUGUAAUGUAAAUUUAUCUUUAAAAAAUUGUGAAAUACUGAUAUAGUAUAUAUUACGCUAAGAUAACACAUACAUUCGCAUACAUACACAUAUAUUAUAUUCUUGGGAUGAUAUAAAAGAAAAUUAAUGUUUUAUCAUAUACAU